AUGACAGAAGAAAUAGCAGGAAUAUUUGCCAUAGCACUUGGAAUAGAUGAUACUCCUUUCAAGUCAGCGAGACAAUCCAGAGUAGUGAAGCUGGGGAAGGAGGACGUGGCCGCCGCGCUCUCGCUGCCGCCCUCGCCGCCGCGGGCGAGCGAGUUGGGCGCUCCCGACGCGGAGCCGGCGGGGGAGGAGUGCAGCUGGGCCGGCCUCUUCUCCUUCCAAGACUUGAGGGCCGUGCACCAGCAGCUAUGCUCGGUGAACUCGGAGCUGGAGCCCUACCUGCCUGCCUUCCCCGAGGAGCCCUCGGGCAUGUGGACGGUGCUCUUCGGAGCGCCGGAACUAUCCGAGCAGGAGAUGGACGCUCUCUGCUACGAGCUGCAAGGUUACUUGGUUCACAGCUUGGAUACCUGUGGCUGGAAGAUCCUUUCGCAGGUGCUCUUCACUGAGACCGAUGACCCCGAAGAGUAUUACGAGAGCCUGAGUGAGCUGCGACAGAAGGGAUACGAGGAGGUGCUCCAGAGGGCCCGUAGGCGCAUUCAGGAGCUUCUGGAAAAACAUAAGAACACAGAAAGUAUGGUAGAGCUCCUUGAAUUGUACCAAAUGGAAGAUGAAGCCUACAGUAAUCUUGCAGAAGCGACCACGGAGCUCUACCAGUACUUACUGCAACCAUUCCGAGAUAUGAGGGAACUUGCGAUGCUUAGAAGACAGCAGAUAAAGAUCUCAAUAGAGAAUGACUACCUAGGCCCCAGAAGAAUUGAGAGUCUGCAAAAAGAAGAUGCUGAUUGGCAGAAAAAAGCUCACAUGGCUGUGCUUUCUAUUCAAGAUCUUACAGUUAAAUAUUUUGAAAUAACAGCUAAAACACAAAAAGCUGUGUAUGAUCGAAUGCGAGCAGACCAGAAAAAAUUUGGUAAGGCAGCAUGGGCAGCAGCAGUGGAACGUAUGGAAAAGCUUCAGUAUGCAGUUUCUAAGGAGACUUUGCAGUUGAUGCGUGCUAAAGAAAUCUGUUUGGAGCAGAAGAAACAUGCGCUGAAAGAGGAGAUGCAGAGCCUGAAAGGUGGUACAGAAGCCUUAGCCCAUUUGGACCACUUGGAAGCUGAUUACUAUGACCUACAGCUUCAGUUAUAUGAAGUGCAGUUUGAGAUCUUGAAAUGUGAAGAGCUGCUCCUGACAGCACAGCUUGAAAGCAUCAGAAGACUGAUGUCAGAGAAGAGAGAUGAAGUGGUGUAUUAUGAUACUUACGAAAGUAUGGAAGCUAUGCUUGAAAAAGAGGAUAUGGCAACAUCUAUACACUUGCAAAAGAAUUUUUGUGGAUUACGUUCAUUGUUUGCUAGAAGGAGCUAGAUUUAUAGCAAAGAGUUAUACUUUAUGUCCCUUCAGGAGAUCUGUAUCGCAAAACAUAAUGAGAAGAUCCAGCAGCGUCACCAGAGCGAGAAGGAGUACAAAAUGCACCAUACUGUUCAGCUGAAACGAGAUCAGCUGCAAGAUGAAGAGGAAAGAAAGAGCUCCUGGGUUAGUCAGGAGCGACAGAAAACCCUGGACAGACUUCGUACAUUUAAGCAGCGGUACCCUGGGCAAGUAAUACUCAAAUCAACCAGACUACGGCUGGCUCAUGCAAAAAGAAAAUGUGCAGCCAGCUCAGUGCCCUGUGUCGAGCAGCCUCAAUCUUUGCCAGCAACCACACAAAUCCAAGAGAAGAGCGAAGAGGUGGAAUUGGAAAAAGCAGUUCAGCCAUUGCAGGUGCAGGAAUCUACAAGCCCAAAACAAGUUCAAGAUGUCUCUUUGCCUCCUAAUGGUGUUACCUCUGACCUGCCCCAUGUUAGCACUUCUCCACUUACCAGUGACCAGCUUCAACCAGUAGAGACUGCUACUGGAGUACAGCUUCCACCCCCUUUGCCUCCACCACCUCCACCUCCGCCUCCACCUUUGCCCUCCAAGGAAGAUGCCACCAAAUCCUUAGAGAAAAGUGACAGCUCUGUCAAACGUCAGAGUGUGGAGAAGGGAGUCCAGCACUCUUCUGGUGUCCCACCAGCACAUCUGUUCGAUAGCAGUCAGCUAGUCAGUGCCAAGAAGAAGCUCAAGAAGACCGGUGAUCUAGAGGGUUUACAGAGGAGGAGAGUGAGUUCCCCAAUGGAUGAAGUUCUGGCUUCCUUGAAACGUGGCAGCUUUCACUUAAGAAAAGUUGAGCAGAGAAGUCUCCCUCCUUUUCCUGAUGAAGAUGAUAGCAAUAACAUCUUGGCGCAGAUCAGGAAAGGGGUGAAACUGAAGAAAGUACAGAAAGAUGUUUUGAGAGAAUCCUUUACAAUUCUGCCUGACACUGACCCUCUGACAAGGAGCAUCCAUGAAGCAUUGCGAAGGAUUAAGGAAGCAUCACCUGAAUCAGAGGAUGAAGAGGAGAGUUUGCCUUGCACAGACUGGGAAAACUAACCUGUGCUGGACAGCCACCAACAUGCGAAAAGAAACCCCAGUUGAAGAUUACUUUUCUUCUGCAUUUCUGAGAAUUCAGAGCCAGCAGUUAUGACCAUCAAUUCCACAGAAGGCUUUCUUUGGCAAAGAAAUAGUCUUUCUUUGGCAAAUAACUCAGUACAUGGAAAAAAAUGGCCUGAAAUAUUAUUUUCAGGUCACUUUUUUCUUUAAUUGUUCAAACAAAUUCUGGUUUGGGCAGAAAGCUAAGUUGUUUUGACGUGCAUUUUAUACUAUCAAGAAUGCCCGAUUCUUAAGCACUUUUUAUAUUUGCGUUAGUAAUGUAUGGCCAGUUAAGUGAGGGGGACAUUUUGAGUUGGGAGACUACUUGCUGUUAGAGUAACUUUGGGGUUCCACACCAGCUAUAAAAUGGCCCCUUCACUGCACUGAAUAUCUCAUGUGCUUGAAAAUUCAACUAAAUGGCUCCCUGCAGAGAAGCUUGCUGUGUAGCAGUCUGAUAUUCCAGAAAGAGAAUUCCUAGUUGCACUACAGUAGCUGAAAUUCAGUAACAUGCAACUAAGGCUUUUUUUCUUCUUAGCUUGAAGAAGCAUAUGUCAGUAUGAAAAGCAACAAGUGACCACAGCACAAUGAGAAUUAAGAGUUGAAUUCAGUACAUAUUCAAGAAUGUGUUUGUUUCCAUCAUGAUACAUUUAGCAAGACAUACUGCAGCACCUUUUUAGAAGGUCAUUUUUAGUCUGACAUCUUUUUAAAGUAGACAUUUUCAUGCUUUUUUAAAAUAAUAUUUAGCUAUGCUGAACCAAGUUAGUUAUACUUUUAUCUUUUGUUAUAAGAAGCAAUAUUUUGUAAUUUCAUACUUAAAAAUAUUUUUCUCUUUUGGUUUAAAAUGGCUUUUGAUUAGUCUAAGCAGCCCUCUUUAAAAAAGAUCAAAGCACUUAAGCAUACUGAUAAUUCAGUUGUGAAAAUCAUGCUAUUAUUGCUGGUUUUCAUUAUUCCCUUUAGUGGCUGCGAAAAUGUUUGUAUUUCAUACCCAAAAGCCUACUGGCUGAAAAAUGUUUCUUUUGAUUCUUACUGUUUUAUUUUUAAAGGAGAGUUACAACUUCCUCUGCAGUGAAUACUUAGGAGUAGUCCUAAACCUCAUGACUAAUGGCUGCAGGCAGCUACUCUUACGAUACCACAGUACCAAGAGGUAUGUCAAUACAGAGAUACAAGUAGCCUUGUACCACCUAAAAACCUCAUGUGGUAUUAAAAAUCAGCCCAUUACACUUCUAGGAAAGCUGAAUUUUCACUAGCAUUUUGUUUUUACUAGCGUAACAUACACUGUGUUUGAGAAAUACACAGUCCCUGUCCUUUGUGUUGUGUGGUCCAUUCACUGUUCCUUUUUUGACAGAUAAACUACUAUAUGGGGAUCUGGGUUCUUUUAAGUGGAGUUACUCAUUGCUGCUGUCAUGUAAUGGAACACGUACUGUGUUAACAUUUAUAACAGGGGAUUUCACGUCUUGCCGUUUACUUACAGAGAGAGGAGCAGGAGACCUUACCUUAGCAAUAGGCUGUGUAAUCUAAAGGAACUUCAGCUCUGGGACCCUUCAGUCUAUUGAAGAUGUUUUGCUGUGGCUGUCCAAAAAUUAAAGCUCUGUCAAACAUCUCAAGAGGAUUUUCUUAACCAUGUUGCCUUACUUAUAAAGUUAGUGAACAUUGAUUUUCAAAGCACCUGCGAGCAGUGUUACCGUAGAAUUGUAUCAGUUUUGCUGUGUUAGUUGCCAGGUCUCUAUUUUUCAGCUGUGUGAAACACCUGAUACUGGCUUUCCACAGGCCUAUAACUACAUGAUGCUUUUUUCUUAAACUUAUUCUGUAAAUUCUGUGUUACAUAGUACGGUUGCAAGCUGUCUGAUGCUGUGUUCAUGCAGGAAUAGCAGCAGAUUCAAGGUUCAUUAUAAUCAUUCAGCACUGCCUAUACCAUCAGCUAUUCUGUUCUGCAUUUGUUUCAGUCACACCACACAUUAAAACCAAGGUAAUCAAAUAAAUUUUUGGCUGUAGCACAAAACAGAACUACAAUGUAGAAUGGUAACUCACAUUAUACAUUUCAUCUGAAACUUAGUGCUAAAUUAACAGUGGUGAACAAACAAUUUUUAUUUUCAUUUUUUCCUGUUUUCCAGCCUGCAGUUUCAUUCCUUGGAGUGUGCAUACAGAACACUAGCAAAAUUUCAAGCUGAGGAAAAAUAGUGUAAUUUUAAAGUAUUUGUGCAGUGGUUCCCUUGCACAACACGUUUGUCUGCAGUUUACCACUGUGUUGUUAUCUAAAUAGCUCCAUGCUGUACUGUACUACAGUUUUCAGAUAUGUUUGCCAUGUGAUCUGUCAUCUUUGCCUUGAAAAAUGUGUGCAUGAUUGAUGAAAAUUACUCUUCUUAAUCUGUUUCAUAUUUAGCUGAAACCUUAGAUUUCUGUAGUAGCUUAGUCUCAAUAGAAUUGGAGUUCUCAUAUGAGCAUGUAUUUUAUGGGCACACAAAAAGUAGUUGUUACGGUGAGCAUAGCAGUAUAUAUCAGUUCAAAACUGCCAUCUUCUGUGUGGAAAAUGAAUGGGGGUUUUUUCCACAUCCUGCUAAAAAAGAAACAAAAACAACUGAAUUUAAAUCUUCAUGAGUCACUAGAUGUCACAAUUUCACAUAAUUUUCACUUUGAUAUAAAAAUUGUGCAUAUGUAGUGUACACAGGCUAAUGCAUAUAAGGUACCAUCCUCUGCCAUGUGAAAUUUUCCAGUGAAAAGGGAUGGCUACCACAGAAAAUGGGGAAAGUUUAGUAUAUUUACAAGAAACUUAGGGAAACUACAAUGGUCCUGUGUUGAGGUCAGUUCCUCCACAGCUGAGAAAAGCUGUAAUAAUUGUGUUGGUCUGUGAGAAAUCUUGGCAAGCAUCACUAAGGAAAACUAUGUAAACAUGCGCAAGGAAAAAGAGCCUCCAUAAAAAGACCUGCCUAUUGAUAUUUUUCAUUUUAUUGUUGUGGCUGCGUUGUCCUGUUGCUAGUUAUUUAUCUUAAGUAGUUCAUCAGCUUUUGGGCUUUUUCCAUUUUUAGAAAUUUCUUUCUUUUUUCAAAUUAAAAGUUUUACUAUGGUGUAACUGAUCCAGUGAAGUAAAGAUUUGGAAUGCAUAAUGUUAUUGUACAAAUGCUUAUGUAAGGACUGAAAAACCUUUCAUGAGUGGGAACAAGAAACUAAAUACUCAGUUUCUACUGAAAUAACCAAAAUAUAAGGUGAACAGCAAUACUCUUGUUCAGAAAUGGAAUUUGUGUCAACAAGAAUUUCCUGCUCUCAUUCAUGGAGGUUCCAGAUCCUUCACAAAUGACCAAUAGUCUUACUCACUUUAAUGUAUUUUCAUGUUAUCUGUCUAGGGUAGAUGAAGGCUUUUUUAUUUCUCUCAAAUAUCACUUUUAAGUUUUGCCUGUUUUUUUUGUUUUGUUUUUUUUUAAAUCUGACAGUCUGCAUUCUACACCAGACACUUGUAAAAUAAAUUAGUAUGAUUAUAUAUUGUGUUCUUUUGUGACUGAAUUGGGGAUAGAACUCAACAUACUUCACUACAUUAUUUGUAAAGAAUCAUUUUGAGUAUUAUAAGCACUAUAUUCUGUACUGUUUAAUAAUAAAGUAAUGAUAGAUGCAUAACUGAAGAUGCAACUUAUUGAGAAGAGGAGGCAGAAACAUUAUUGGUUAAUGUUACCCUUAUUCCAUUUGUUGCACUGAAUUUCAGGAGUGUAAUUUGUAAAGCAAGUCUGCUCAUGCGUGUAAUCAGAUUUUAUUUUCAUUGUGAUGCUUAUGUAAUUAAAUUACCUGGAUGUAUUUCUGGUAAUGAUUUCAUAAGCAUGGACAAUAUGUUGUUGAUGUUUCGCACUACAGAAUUAAUGUUAAGAACAAGUGAAGCUUCUUGCAAAGAAAAGGAGUAACAGAAGCACCUUACUGGGAGAGCAUGUUGCAUGAUUUCGGUCCUCUUGGAGUUGACAGACAGUAGGUCAUCCUAAACUUGACUGCAAAUUGCUCUUUGGUGUACUAAGCACAUCAACAUACUGCUAUCAAUGCUAUCAACACAAUGGCUAUUUUUAACCUAUAAAUAUACUGUAAUUUAAGUUUUCUUACAAAAUGAAUUUAUAUUUAAUUGCUGCCUAAUGCAUAAAUAUUUAGAAUUUUUAGGAGGGUCAAGGGAGGGAGGGCAGGCAUGCCAGUGUAUUUGCGGGAGGGGCUGUUGCAUAUGUGGGUCUUUGUACUUCCCGUUCAGUUUGACUGUUAAUCCAAAACUCACAGCUCUGGCUGUGGUGAAUCUGCAACCUAACAUUUAUGUAUUUUUAUUGUGAUUCAGGUCUUCUAUAUUCUGUGGCUCAGAGCUUCAGAAUUUGACAGAAAAGGUCAUCUUUCCAUUCUCAAAUGUGAAUGCUCUGUACCUCUAAUAUGGGAAAUGACCAAGCAAUUAAUUUUAUUCUGCUGAGUUUUUAAUAUUAAUGUGUAGUGCAUUAUCUAAAGCUCAUUAACCAGUAGUGCGUCCAUUGGAAACAAGUAGAAAGGAUGAAGACUGUUUUGGUGCAUAUAGUCCAAACUCUGCAGAGACUCUAUUCCAGAGACUGUCACCUAUCCAGGAAUUAGUUUGCCAUAAACUGGCUUGAUUUUCAACUUAUAAACAUAGUUUUGACUUCUGAAUUGGUAAAUAGGUGUUGGGCAUUGGGGAUAUUCACUUAACAUCUUCCAGCGUGUUGUUGCUGUUGCUGUAUGUUUUGAACUUCAUUUUAAGUGUAUACAAAUGCAUCAUCAUAAAAGGAAAGCUAAAGAAGUACAGAUGGCUGCAAGUUGUCUUUCAUGAAUGAAGCCAGUGAAGCUUAAUGAAACUAACUUCUUUGUUAAGCCUGUUGAAUAAAUAAGAAACAAUGAAAACAAAUUUUCAUUCACUAGCUUUGUGCAAUAUUAUCAUUAGACUCAAACACUACUAGCACAUUGUGCUUGGCUUUAAGAAAGUUCUUUAAUUCCAUUAUAUUCAAAAGGACAUAUUAAAUGCAUAUUUCAUUGUAAACAACUCUGCAAAUUUACUAUGCCUGAAAAUGCUCAGUUAUUAAGUAUUAAGCACAAGUAUGUUUAAAAAAAAGGUUAAGAACUAAACAAGCAUUUCUAGCAAUACCUAGAAACUAAAAAAAAAUUUAAUUGUCUGCUUCUUGGUCUUUUUUCUUUAGUGCAGCUUUUCUGCAAUGCAAGUUUAUUGCUGUGUAUUUCAUGGGGUUUUAUUAUCAUGAUUCAGAAAUUCAAACCUGUACGCAAAGUACUGCAUUCACCUUAUUGUACAUGCAAUGUAACAUCAUACUCACAGUUUUGGUGCUUUAAAAUUAUUCCUCUUUUCUUUAUUAAAGGAUAUUUAUUUGA